GGAGCAGAGCGUAUCUGUUGCUGUUGACUACCUCAAAGAGAGGUCGUGUGGACUGUUGGGUAUCUUCAGAGGUCGACGUGAAGGAUUCUUGGGUGUCCGGGUACAGUGACCCCUGCAUGCAUUCAGCACCCAACCAUGGGAGAGUGGACCAUUCUAGAGCGCCUCCUAGAGGCUGCUGUGCAGCAGCACUCUACAAUGAUCGGAAGGAUUCUGCUGACGGUGGUGGUGAUAUUCCGUAUCCUAAUUGUCGCCAUUGUAGGUGAGACAGUGUACGAGGAUGAGCAGACCAUGUUUAUCUGCAACACCCUCCAACCAGGAUGCAACCAGGCCUGCUAUGACAAGGCCUUUCCCAUCUCCCACAUCCGAUACUGGGUCUUCCAGAUCAUUCUUGUUUGCACACCCAGCCUUUGCUUCAUCACUUAUUCAGUGCACCAGUCAGCCAAACAGCGGGACCGCCGCUACUCUUUCCUCUACCCAAUAAUGGAGAGGGACUACAGCCACGAGGGAGCUCGCAAACUGCGCAACAUCAACGGUAUCUUGGUGCAGCACCCUGACAGUGGCGGGGGAAAGGAUGAACCUGAUUGCUUAGAGGUGAAGGAGAUCCCAAAUGCACCAAGAGGCCUCCUUCAUAGCAAGAGUUCCAAGGUACGCCGACAAGAAGGCAUCUCUCGCUUCUACAUAAUCCAGGUAGUUUUCCGCAAUGCACUGGAAAUAGGCUUUUUGGCAGGGCAGUACUUUCUUUAUGGCUUCAGUGUUCCAGGCAUCUUCGAGUGUGACCGCUACCCCUGCCUGAAGGAAGUGGAGUGCUACGUAUCACGACCCACUGAGAAGACCGUGUUCCUGGUGUUCAUGUUUGCUGUGAGUGGCAUCUGCGUUGUGCUUAACCUCGCCGAGCUCAACCACCUGGGCUGGAGGAAAAUCAAGGCCGCCAUUCGAGGAGUGCAAGCCCGCAGGAAGUCCAUCUGUGAGAUCCGCAAAAAGGACAUGGCCCACCUGUCACACCCCCCAAACAUGGGCAGGACCCAGUCAAGUGAGUCUGCUUAUGUCUGA